UGAAUACACGCGCGUCUCGCUCCUCCUGUUUUUCUCUGCCAGACCAUGUGUGUGCACUCACUUCAUUCUGCCUACUGAACGCUCAGAGUCACGCGACCCACGAUGGACUGGAGGCUGCUCGAUUAUGCCAAAGACGCCGAGGACGUUGCGGCCGGCCUUCAAGUCUUCCUGGACGAGAUUCCGCAUUAUGGCAAAGACAUCACUGGAAACAUUGCCGAGCUCUUUGCCAUAAGCGCAGCCCUCCGUCACCUGGACGAAAGCCUGGAUCUUUCUCGCUAUGGGAAGUAUGUGGGCAGUAUUGUUGCCGAGCUCAAUCUCGUGAUUCCAAGUCUCAGAUACACGCUCGAUGACAUUCGUAACAUGUUUGGGAAGUCAAAGCGCGACAGCCGCCAGCAUCCCGGAGCCUUUCCAGGCACUCCCCAGUACGCCAUGAUAUGGGAAGACCUCAAUGUAGAUCUGAAGGAGCAAGGCAUAGCUCUUCCUGCACGCCUUGAGAUGUACCGCGUCUUUCUACAGGGUCUAUUUGAUAUAUUGAGAGGCGACCCGAUAGACCCAGACAUUGAGCGUAUACAGGCUCGGCUGAGUCGCCUUCUAGUGAGACAAGAGCCAGUAGACUCGUACUUCGACAGGUUAUCCGUCGAUCCUCGUGAUUCUCGUCCCCAUAUGCCUCGAACCCAGUCGACUUCUAGGCCUCGAACCCCAUCAACUACUAGACCUCAAAUGGGUAGAUUCUCAACAUACCCAGCACCCGCUCCUUAUCCAUCGCAUCCCCAGUCUCCAAUAUACGGCGAGAGGGUUCCCCACUCUCCAAUAUACGGCGAGAGGAUUCCCCACUCUCCAAUAUAUGGCGAGAGGAUGCCAUAUAUUCCCCCACCUGUACCGGAGUUACCGCACUCUCCAACGUACUCAAACGCCUCUUCAAUGACGUUCUCUACUGAUUCGAGCAGCGGCUCGGCACACUGGGCCAGCAAGAUAUUUGAUGGCCAACACUCGUCUACACCAUUCCGAAUACUUGGACAAUCGACCAAAUGCCUUGGAAGAGACGAGCCCGGUGCCAUUCGCAGACUCCUUGAGGACGGCUUUAUCAAAGUUCUUGAACUUCCGUUCGAGGCGACAGACGUCUGGGUCAGAUUGUAUUGGAGAUCAUCGGACGAACGUGCCAGGAUUCUAUUCCUGACAUUGGACCAGGCCCACAAGAAAGUCUCGUACUGCAUUCCUUUGACGGCCUUGAAGCUUCUACGAACCGAGUCUUGUUUACAGCUUUGUCGCGUGAACCGCGCCGAUGGUAAACUCGACCUCUGGGCCAAUCUUAGAUUCACCCUUUACGAGAGAAUGGUGCUAUUCUAUUGUACAGCCAUCGCAAUGAAACGCCAAGAUAGAGUUCAGACGCCACAGGGGCUGGAGGAUUUCUUCCAGCCUGGCGAAAAGAUAGAGUUCAGCGGUGAGAUCCAGGAUGACAACUACCUUCACGCGUUCCGCGUCCUCCGAGAUCGAGAUUCCGGCUGCGUCAGGUUCGAGACGACUGCUCGACGUGGAGCGAUGAAGACGAUUCCGAUCUGGACCGCCUUCGUCACGCAAUACAUUGGGUCGAAGUCUUGGAUGCGGCGUGUGGGCUCGAGUACUGUGCAAUUGCGAGAGCUUCAUCCGUAUGUGUUCUGCGACGGGUACAAGCCGCCAAGAGGAGCUUCGGGGAGGUUUGAGUUGACCUUCACCAACUCCGAGGGUAUGUCUCCCUGUAUUCCACUAAUUAGGCUGUCUUGGUACUAAUUGCGCCACUAGACGCGCAAGAUUUUGUUGCCAUGUUCCCCUUGAUCAGGACGAGAUAACGACUUACGAUGAUGAUAAUGACGGUGUACGACGCUCACGGCAGAAUCU